UGGGAUCAGCGCAAAGACGCACCACAGCUGGACUUUGGCCUGUUCAGUCGGCGUUGGCAUUCACCCGAACAUGCGGAGAAUGACCCAUUAAUGAAACUUGCGCUCUUCGCUCGCCGCGUGGCAUUGUACGAGUACGAAGCGACGGGUCUUGUUAAGCUGCGGGAACACCCAGAUGGGCUGCUCAAUGCCUACAUGGACGAUCCACGGGCUUACAACGACGGCCCUGACUUGCAGCUCAAACAUGACUUCAGCCUCGCCCAGUAUCGAAUUGCCCCCCGAAAACCCCAGCGACGCGAGUUGCUCGGGUUGCCCACCAUUUUCGAAUUCUUCGACCAAGAUCUCCCACCAAGCGAGUAAAGCUAUCGGGAAGGUAGCCGAGCGGGUGGAUAGGACGACCUCAGAGGAGACCCAGUUACGCAAGCUAAGCGCAAGCUCAUGUCGGACAGCGUUGAGGAAGCGCUCACAAGACCGCCUACCCGCCAGAUCUUCCUUCCCAACAACUUGCUCGAUUUCGCGUGGGAUGGGAUGGCUGAAGGCACCUUGGCUCCGGACACGGCUAAGGCAAGUAUUUAGUCGCCUCCCAGUCGAGAGACUUUUAAAAACAGGCUCUUUGUCUACUAGAGGCACGACGCGGCCUCCACCUGGCAGCUGGAAGACAGGCGGCGGGACGAGACCACGGAGGUGCUGUACGCGUUUGUACGCCAGUCACAGAACUGCGCGCGGCUGGCCGAGCGCAAAUCCAGAAAUUACUUUGUGGAUGACUCUAAGCUCGCAGAGUAACUGUUAUUUGCAGGAGAUCAAGUGCGCCAUCACGAGGUGAUCAGUCCGACCGACGGCGGGACACAAGAUCAGUGCGCCGCGCCGCUAGGUGUUGCAGCCCUACCUAGUUCCGUUUGAGAGCCCCUACCAGCAGGCCGAGCUAUGAGAUCUGCUGAAUGCUUCCGUGUGGAUCCUGCGCAAUAUGCGCACAAUUCCGGGGAGACGAAGACGUCGUCCCUCAGGGCAGGUAACAGUUAGGCGCAAGCAGCGGAGGACGGAGUCGAGGUUGACAUGAUACACUUCACAAGG